AUGUUCUCGCAGGCUUUUAUUGUUCUGUGUCUGGGAGUUGCUUUCGUGGCUGGGGCUGCCAUUGAGAAGGAAAUUGAGCCAUCCGUUAGUGACAAGGAAGACCCAGCUCCAGUUGAGGGUGAGAAGAAGCAAGGAAAGCGUGGACUAUUCGAUCUCGGUUAUGGAUACGGAGGAUAUGGUGGAUAUGGUGGAUAUGGUGAUGUCGGCCUAGGACAUUCUGCCUACGGUGGAUUGGGAUACGAUGGACUCGGUUAUGGUGGUGGAUUGGACUUGGGUGUGACAAAAACCGUUGUGAAGCAUCAUCAUCACACCGUUCCUGUAGUUGUUGAACGUAAAGUUCCCGUAGCCGUGCCAGUUGUCCAGAAGGUUGUGCAGAAAGUAGCUGUUCCUACAGUUGUGGAGAAACACGUUCCUUACUUGGGUGGACUGGGCUAUGGCGGAUACGGACAUGGACACGGAUUGUCCGGAUAUAGUUACGGUGUGAGCCAUAGCUACCAUGGACUCGGUCACGGAGGAUAUGGCUUCGACUAUCAUCACUAUUGAUGGUAGGUCAGAAUGUACAAAAUGUGAUCCCCAGUGUCAUCUGCCCUAUCAAAUGUUUUAAUUUAUAAGUUUGCAGCCCUUCUUCAUAUCCACAUUUGUUUUAUAAGACCAAAAACACGUUUUUUGUACCACUGAAAGACCAAGAUGUAAUAAAGUCACCAAAUUUGAAAUUCAGAAAA